AUGCCCGCCUCGGAAAUAGACGACAUUUUUGCUUCCAAGGGCAGAUCCUCGGCCGCAGCACCCGCAGCAUCCUCCUCGUCUUCUCAGGCUCCUGAGAAGAAGAAAAAGAAAAAGGACAAGGACAAGUCCGCCAAGCGCAAACGCGACGUAGAUCCGGACGUGGAGGAGGCUGCUCCGUCCAAACCCCCGAAGCGCAAGAUCCCAGAGACAGUCUUCGACCCUUCGGCCGCUAUUGGUGCUCCUGCCGCCAAGGAGGGAAGGCCGCGCAAGACUACCGCGACAGUAGUAAAGGCGCAGAAGCCUAAGAAGGACCGGGAGGAGGACGGUCGGUUCAAGGACUCCCGGGGCACAGGUCCUCGUCGAAAAACUGAGGAGGGUUUUUCUAUUUUCAAGGAAGACGAGCUUGGUAUCACAGAUCAAGGCGGCGACACACCGCUCUGCCCUUUCGACUGCCAAUGUUGUUUCUGA